AUGACAUCAUUCGCCAAAGCAUGUAUAGAUUUCUCGAACAAUUUAAAAAAUUUACGCUUCAGCAAGUUAAACACCAGUGUCACACCUUCUUCCACUCCGAGUGUCACUGAUUCACCGACGUCAGCCGCCGUGUUGGCUUUUGAACCGGAAGACACAGUAAAAUGUCCUCUAUCUAUCAGUCAUGAUUCCCAGUCAGAAGAGCUUAUAAUCUCUGCUAAACUUCACUCUGGCUACCAACACUAUCAACAUGUCAAUUCGUCAGGGGAAGAAAAGCACCGGUGCAAAAAGACGCAGAAGAACAGUGAACCAGUGGUGAAAGGCAAAUCAACGCAUAAUGAUGUGGUGAACGACAAGUCUACAAGCAUUUACAAUAAAAUCUCCCUUAUUACCAAUAACAUGAUGACUAGUGGUAACAAGAAUUGCCUACAGAAUAAACUCAGUGAAGACACGACGACGACUGGUACAAAUCGUGAUAAAGACGAGUGUGCACUAUCAAACAAACCUACACAGGGUAAACACAUGCAAAAAAACAUUCCACAAGACAGUGUUACAACUUAUUAUCAUUGUACAAAACCCUCUGUGCAGAACAAAAACAGCCUAAGUAACGGAUCUUUAAAUAACGAUCCAUUGAAAGCUAUGAUUUUGAACACUUCGGAUAAUCUAUCGUUGAAUACAAGAAUGUCGAAUUCGUCACCGAACAGCCCAAUACCCAGGCAUCAUUUCAAGAUGAGAAAUAAGCUGUCAUCGGAUACAAAUGAUGAUAACAGUGUUAUUUCGAAUAAAACGCCUAGCAGUAACAUCACCAAUUCAUUGGAGUCACCGUUCACCUUUAAAGCGACACUUUCACCGACUAUGACCCACCGGUUAGCUAUCCUGGCGCGUAACUGUCAAAACACUGUUACAAAUCACAACCACAACAACAACAACGGUGGUGGUGGUGGUGGUGUUAAUGAUUCCACCUAUUGUUUCUAUAAUCGAUACUCGCAUAAUUCCACAUCGUCGCCGUCAUCUUCUUCACCGAUCCCCCCGUUGCAUCGGGGAACAACAGUGGCAGCUAUAAAGCAGCGAUUAAUAAAUCAAGGCUUACGGAUCAAUUUGAACAUUCCAGUGAAGAAAUCUACAAGUACACGGUUUCGUGAUUAUAUCCGACGGCAGAAAAGAGGUUGUCCGCAUACAGUUGAGUUAUUAUGGUUGAAUAAAAACUUUAUGAAUAAUCGCAUAUUUCAUUAUUUAUCAGCAGAAGAAGUAGUUGUCCAGAAGUGCUUAGAACAGCUGAUUGCAGUUCGCCUACUGUCUGCGCUGAACAGACGACUGCAGUGUAUUAAAAUUGUACAGCUGGCUGAGAGACUUAGUUCUACCUUGUGUAAUAUAUUAGAAGUUCUAUUCAACUCGUCAUCACCGAUUGUUCCAUUGUAUUUAUCUCAGUCGAACACAACAACAUUCGCUGGCACAACACUAAUGAAAACAUCAUCAGCAGGUGAUGGGGAAACAGUCACAGGUGAAGACAAUGUGAACUGUUCACCGUGGACUCGUGUUACUGAUGAUGAAAAUAACAGCUCAGUGUGUAAGCAAGCUGACUGUGUUUUAAGGCAUCAACAGAAUGGUUUUGUCCAGGGGAACAAUUUACCAAUAUCAAAUUAUGCUAAUCAGAAUGAUACAAUAUUUGUUAAUAAUAGUAAUAAUAAUAAUAAUAAUUCGCUUACGACGUCAUGUUUAUUCAAGAAAAUGACCGACUCAAAACUUUCGAUCAAUUCGCAUCAAUCGAAUUCAGAAAAUUGUUCUUGUUCUUGUUGUUGUUGUCGUAAUCCUGAAGAAUCCUGCUUAUCCACGCAUAGAUUUACUCAUUUAACACUGAAAUCCUGCUCUAUACUUGAUCAGUCAUUAUCACGUCUAGUGAGUUUAUUCCCUGCAUUGAAAACCCUCGAGUUCGAGUGUUGCAACGAUUUCACUGAAUUGGCGUUUUGGUCUUGUCUAACGCCAAACAUUGAACACUUGACUGUAUUCGAUUGUAUCAAUGUAUCAGAUGAAAGUUUGAAUGCUAUUGGACAAUUGUUGCCUGAGCUGAAGUGCUUUCGUCUGCAAGCCUAUCAUAUCACUGAUGCAGCGCUGACCUAUUUCAGCACGAAACAACGCGUGAGCAUGCAGACGAUGGAGUUAAUUCAGUGUAUGGACAUAACAAAUCAGGGGGUUAUGACACUGGCGUAUACACUGGACAAUCUGCAGGUGUUAAACUUAAGCGGAUGCAGUAAACUAACCGAUGAUGGAUUGGAUGUCAUCUGUGAAAAUUUGAAACGAUUAACCUCGCUGAAUUUGUCCUGGUGUGCAAAGAUCACUGACAGUGGGAUAGAAUGUGUCGCUUGUGAUUUGAUUCUGUUGAAAAAGUUGAUAUUGGAUAGAUGUACAGAACUGACUGAUCUUGGAGUGAGCCAUCUGGCGACAAUGCCUAAUCUUCAACAUCUCAGUGUAAGAUGGUGCAUAAAUAUAUCUGACGGCAGUAUACCCCACUUACUUAGUACAACUGGAUUGAAAUAUUUAUGUUUAACCGGUUGUAAACGAAUAAGUGAAGACGGGCUAUGCACAUUAGCUCGACAUCCACGCUUAAAUUAUCUUGAAUUGGCGCAUUUACCAGCAGCUACGCAUCCGGUGAGAGCAUAUCUGAACAAACACUUGCCCGGUUGUAGAUUAUUAUGCUAA